GCCCGGAUAGGUAGGUAGGUAAUUCAGUCAUGACCAUGCUCAGAAAUGCUAUUUAGUCCUCUCUACCCCUCCCACGCCUGCUCCCGUCUCUCCUCGAUGAACCAGAUUAACCAGAUUCAAAAGUCAGACCUGAAAUAAUUACUAACAUUUUUACUUGACUGGGGAUUUUCUGAAGAACCAUCAUCAUUAUGCCCCUUGAUCAUAUAUGCCUCAUCACCCCAUUUUCCAAAGUGGAUGAUGAGGCGACCUUCCUCCUCACAGCGUUUGCGCACAUGGGUCUGAGAGAGUAUGCUCGCCCGGCCCCUGGCGUCGUUGGCCUCGGAGAUGAUACAGGAAGCUUUCUCUGGGUUGGGGGAUAUGAUGCCCAGCAACGCCCAAUUCCCGACGGCGCCACUAUCCAGCGGAUACAUAUAGCUCUGACUGCGAAAAAUCACCAAGACGUUGACAAGUUCCAUGUCCAAGGACUCAAAGUGGCUGGCGUCGUGGACAAUGGCGCCCCAGGUCCUCGAGCUAACUACCGUCCUGACUACUAUGGCGCAUUUCUCAUCAGUCCGGCGGGGCACAAUAUUGAAGCAGUGUGUCACAAAGCUCCCGAGGAGACACCUAAAUGACGAUCACAAUCAGCCCCCCAGUCACCUUCUGGUAUGGACUCUCAAUGUCAACGACCCUGUGAGGGGCUGCAAUGGGAUAUUUCCAACGACCGACCUAGUGACCAGAUGGCACGACUCAGGAUCGGCGGGAUAUAUCUGAGAUAUUGAUGGACAGAUGUCAACAGGCUUUGCACUUGGUGGUGGUCAUUUGUCCACUCGUCAAAACGAUUGUUGCUUAGCUUAUCUGAAAGUCUCAUGGUUUGAAUGCGACCAAUAUUUGGUAUCCAAUUCUGCAAUGGAUGUUGCCAACUCCUAAACACCUUGCGUGGUCCUUAUUGCCUUUCCAACAUUGAACAUAAGUCCCUGUCACACCUUUAAGAGAAGAAACUGCUCGAGGCAGUUCCCGCCUGUUUGCCAUCCUGAUACGUGGAACUCAAUGAAUCGUAUAGCUUCUUG